AUCAUUCAUCCUCAUAUUCAAAACACGGCGGACAUUUCAAUUUACUGAAGACUGCUGUAAUCCCAAAUAUCAACGAUGGAUGUUGAAAAAUUGGAUAGCAUGAAGUACCAUGAGCUACAGAAAGUAGCCAAGCAAAAUGGAAUCAAAGCGAACAUGAAACUUAAUAAAUUGAGACAGGCUUUGUUGGACCAUUUCAAGACAUCAGCAGUGACUAAAGAAAAGCAGGCGUCUGCUGGAAAUACAAUCAAACCCAGGUCUACAAAAUCGAAGGAUACCAAAACUCCUACAAUACUGAAAACACCAAAUGCUGUGAAGACGCCUAAUGCUGUGAAAGCAAUCCUUUCAGCAAGAAAAUCUACCCCCAAGACGCUGAAUUCACCAAAACCAAUAUCCAAAACUCCCAACACUGCAGUGACACGUAAACCCAACUCCACGCCUUCCUCAUCUCAUCCCAGUCAUAAACCAACAGUUCCAGAGGAAGCAGAACCAAAGCCACAGCUAAGAAGAUCAACUUUUGAGAAAGUGCCCACCCCUGAGUUACACACAGUCAAGGUCCCUGAUGUAGAACAAGGCAGGAGGAGCACUGUUGUUGUCAGAACACCUCAGUCCGAGAAAAAGACAAGCACUGGCAAGAAAGGGCAAAAUGAAAUAAAGACACCAAAGGAGAAUGAGAACAAAACACAGAUUCCCAGAUUUGCAGCUUUUCUUGCCAAGAGAAAACAGGAAACAGAAUCCAAAUCCAAUCCUCUAACACCAGGAAAAUUGAAAGACUGGAAGAAAAUCCAUGAAAGAAAUUUUGAGAAGAUGGAGUCCAUUGAUGAGUAUCUGAAGAAGAAAAGAAAAAGGAAUGAUGACUAUGCUGAAUCCGUUAAGAAGACCAAACAGAUUCUGCAUGAUACGCUUGCUAUGGUAGAUAAACUGAAGAGCUACAAGACACCUACAGCAGCUGCAACAGCAGACCACAAGAAGAAAUUUAUCGCCAAAACACCAAAUACAGCUCCCUUCAAGCCAAGUGUCCUGACAACAAAGGAAAUGAACCUAAACUUGUCGGAGAACAGGAGGUCACCACGAACCAGUUCAGCUGCAGCCAAGUCAUUCAAACCCACUGUAUUCUCCACAACGAACAUAAACCUGAACUUUUCUUCUCCUACUCCAUCCAGAAAAUCUUCAGGCUCAGCAUUUAACAAGUCCAAGACCACGCCGUUCAAAUUCAAUGCCUCAUUGAACAACACCUUAAACGGUUCUAUGUCAGCCAAACGACCUUCAUUUGACCUUCAUGCCAGUCUUGCACGCCCAAUCACAUGGAAGGCACAUAAAGGGAAGUUGAAACCCUUAAACAGUCAGGCAGCAUUCAACACCAGUUCCACCAGUGUCAAGACCCCCGUCACACAAACAAGGGAAGACAGAAAGAAAGUCAUGGCAGCAAAGAGAUCCAGUGCUAAAUUUAACGCCGCCAUUGGAAGGAGAGGAAUCAAAGCUUAAGAUUAUCACCAAAAAAUAAAAAUGUCCCUACUCCUCACAUACAACUUAAAAUAUGUAUCCAUCAAAUCUUUUGGAAUUAGUUAUCAUUUCUGUUAUUUUCAGAAAUUUGAUAAAUCAUUUCAUACAUCAUUGUCAUUCCACAUUUCUUCUCUUCUCUCUCUCUCUGUCAAUUUUUUCCCUUUUCCAUCAUUCAUUUUACAUACAGUGUCAUCAUCCCACUAACUAUUUGUGUAAUUCAUACACAGAACACUGUUGUGGUAAAAUCCUAUAGUCAUAAUCAGUUGUAUAUAUUGUAAGAUAUAUAUAUAAUAUCCAUGUAUUAUAAACUUAAUCUGAAAUAUAUGUAAGCAUGAUAGCAGUAGUUUGCAUUUUUCUUCAAGAACUAUCCUUAUAUAGGAUUAUCCUUACACAUAUAUAUUGUUUUCUACAUGAACAUCUUGGAGUCACAGAUAUAUUGUCUCAAUUUUCAAUUUGUGUAUUGCUUUUUUGUUUUUUGGGGGUUUUUUGUUGGUUUUUGGUUUGGUUUUUUUUUGUUUUUUUUUUUUGGUCCUCUCUGCUAUUUUAAUUAAUCUUGUACAUAAUUAGCCCAAAAAAUUAUUAAAGGAAAAUUAAAUGCCUGGGUUUCACAAUAAAGGCUGUUGACAUUGAAAAAGAUUCACGUAGAGAUAUGUGAAAAAUUACCAAGACAUUUAAUUUAGAAAUAUUACAUAAUUAAUUUAACAUCGAAUUCUAAGGGCAAUACAUGUUUUUGGCAUAUAAAAUACACCAAUUGUACAAAAAGCAGUUAUUAAAAAAGCUGUUGGUGAAAGUGGGUAAAAUAAUUGUUUAUCAUAAUCUAAAAAGAAAACUAGGUCAUCAGGCAAAAUCCACUUCUGUUCUAGAAGGGGAGAUUACUCUUUGAAAAUUAAAACUUGCAUGGAAUUUCAAUAAAUUCUGACAUUUGUAUUUACUUGAAUGAUAUAAACCAUCAAUAUAUUAAUUAUACCUCCCGAACGAAGUUCUGGGGGGUAUAUAGGAAUCACUCUGUCUGUCUGUCUGUCCGUCCGUCUGUCUGUCUGUGCAAAUUCGUGUCCGGGCCAUAACUUCUUUGUUCUUUGACUUAGGCAUACCAUAUUUGGCACACAGUUAGAUCACCAUGAGACGAUGUGUCAAGUACCUUCAUGACCUCUAUAUGACCUUGACCCUUGACCUCAAGGUCAAAAUUAAAGGUUUUUUACAAUGGAUUCGUGUCCGGGCCAUAACUUCUUUGUUCUUUGACAUAGGCAUACCAUAUUUGACACAUGAGUGUAUCACCAUGUGACGAUGUGUCAUGUACCUUCAUGACCUCCAUAUAACCUUGACCCUUGACCUCAAGGUCAAAAUUAAAGGUUUUUUACAAUGGAUUCGUGUCCGGGUCAUAACUUCUUUGUUCUUUGACAUAGGCAUACCAUAUUUGACACAUGAGUGUAUCACCAUGAGACGAUGUGUCAUGUACCUUCAUGACCUCCAUAUGACCUUGACCUCAAGGUCAAAAUUAAAGGUUUUAUAAUGGAUUCGUGUCCGGGCCAUAACUUCUUUGUUCUUUGACAUAGGCAUACCAUAUUUGACACAUGAGUGUAUCACCAUGAGACAAUGUGUCAUGUACCUUCAUGACCUCCAUAUGACCUUGACCUCAAGGUCAAAAGUAAAGGUUUUUACAAUGGAUUCAUGUCCGGGCCAUAACUUCUUUGUUCUUUGACAUAGGCAUACCAUAUUUGACACAUGAGUGUAUCACCAUGAGACGAUGUGUCAUGUACAUUCAUGACCUCUUUAUGACCUUGACCUUUGAUCUCAAGGUCAAAAUUAUAGGUUUAUGCCAUGAAUUUGUGUUCGGACUAUAUCUUCCAUUUUCUUCUACAAAUGCAUGUACUAUAUUUUUACACUCAGGAAAGAGGUAAUUUGUACCUAUUAACAACACCCUUUGGGAGAUUGGGGUAAGCGGGGGGUAUUCUUAGUGAGCAUUGCUCACAGUACAUCUUGUUUACAAUUAUUUACUGAUAAAUCAUAUACCUAUUAAAAAAUAUUUUUAAAACUCAGCUAUUAUGUAAGGGAUACCUUAUCAUAAAAACACUAUUCAUAUUGAUGUGUACUUUUUCUCUUCAAAGACUACAACUUGAUUGUCUCCAUAUUAAGAUGUUAUCAAAUGAUUGUUUAGCAAUUUUAAAGAUUUUAGAAAUUACAUGUAUGCAUACACUGAACUCUUUGUGUGUCCCAUUUCUGGGUGUGAUCUCUAUAAAUAUGGAACGUAGAAACAGUUUAUGGUAGUUUUAUGUAAAAGGUAUUGAAGUGGCAUCUUUUCUGUUCAUCAAAGCAUUGUAUUGUUAUAUACUUCUACAAUUUGUUUUAAUUAGUACUUUUAAAAUGUCAGACAUCGUCAAACUUUUUUUUUAAAGGAAAAGGCUUUUAUUUUCAAGUCUGUUAGAUAUAUUGUAGGAAAAAAGUUUGUUGUGUAUAUAGAAGAAAUAAAAUGUCUUAAAUCUAU